AUGAAGGUCGUUCGCAGUAUCCCUGCUCUCAGUCGACUGACAGGUGUAGAAGCACCACUCGAGGAGCUUGUUGCCCUGCUCUUCAAUGUCUCUACUACAGAGGAAUUGGUUAUUUCCGAGCAGAUGGGCGCGUAUUUUCCGCCGGUUGACCGUCCUGGGGAGUACUACUUGUUUGCUGCGGGAAAAGGUGUCGUGGCGCUCGUGGCCCCGAAAAUGACUGAACAAUUGUUUGCGAUGGACGAAAAGAACUCGGCAAAGAAGGAAUUUGCUGCGCUGGAUGAAGAGUACAAAUCUUUAGCACUGGAAGGACAGGACUGGGAAUCCGAGUUUCAGGAGAUUGCCACUGACUAUGUGAAAUGGGCUUGUGAACAGGAAGGUCGGUAG